GUAGUCAAGCCGCAUACUCCAUUAAUUAAGUUCCCGGACAGAAAGAGUAGUCCAAGACCUAAAAUACAGGAAUCUCUACAAGCAAGUGUGCCAUCUCUCCAUGCUUCAAAAGCACAGGGGUCUGCAGGAGGCAGAUCACUGGCAUUUCAAAAUAUUUCUGCUGUUAGUAGAGUACAAGGUACACCAGACACUUCCGAACUAGCAAGAACCUUACCUCAGAAAUACAGAAGGAAACUUAUGUCAGAUGAAGAGAUUGAAUAUAUUCAACGUGGAGGUCCAGAAUAAGUAUGGACGGUAGUUCGUUGGCCACCAUUGAGGAAUGAAGCGUUGUAUUCACAAUAAAGGGAUUUCCUUAAUUAAAUAAUUGUAUACUAAUAGCUUUAAUAAAAACCCAUACGAAGGGUGAGAAGUUUGACACAACAUACCGUAUAUUAAUUUGUGAUUGAGAAGGAUUUUCUGUUGAUGGCUAACCGGCAAUUGAAUAUACACGAUGUCCACAGCAUUAAAAUAUUUUUCUGAUUAGCCA